AUGGGUCGAAGGGCCAUGGAGGACUUCGCGCCUGUGCCUACGGAGGCAGCGACGCAAGCGGUUCCCACCCAGGAGGUCUGCGUGCCGACACAGGAGAUCUUUGCUGGCCCUCGCCCACGGACUCUGGAGGACUGGGUGAAUGUGGGACAGCAGGUCAAGCGUCGUCGCAAGUCCGCUGUGAAGAUGGCAGUCAAGGGAUGCUCUGUCGCCGAGAACGUGCCUGAGGACGUUUGUCCUACUCAAAAGCUUGCCGAGGAGCUGUGCCCUACGCAACAGUUGCUUGAGGAAGUCGAGGAGCCCGCGCCAGCCGUGCACGAGCUGGAUCCUUGCUUUCUCCCGGAGAAGGCACAGGCCUACAGCCGGAAGUCUACGAAGCGUCGAGGAAGGGAGUCUGCCGAUUCUGCCUCGUCAGGUCUGAAAAAAGCUGCGGAAAAAGUCACUUCCGAGGUGCAUCCUGUGCCAAAAGCUCGAGACGUGAGGCUGAGUUUUCAGCAGAUGGUUUCUUUGGGUCGCCGUCUGCGCGGCAAGCAGCCAACGAUCGAAAGACCUGAGGCCUUCGCAUGUGAGGCUGCUGGGGAAGAGUCGAAGGAACAGGGCGAGCUUGAGGCCAAGUUGCAGCCGGAGGCGCGCGAAGCUGAAGAGCCCCUGGCCCUCGAGGAGGCUCCAGACGGAGCUGCUGCAGAGCCGGAGCUUGUGGACUUGAAGGCCAAGGAGCCAGAAUCUCUCUCAUUUGCAGGACCAGAGGACAAGACGUCUUCUCAGUCUUCUCCUGUGCACUCCGAGCACCGCGAGCCAGUGGACUGCCCCGAGGAUGCAUCGCCGUUGGAGGCUUCCCACGUGGACCUCCGAGGGAUGGUGCGCAAGCAUAUCACUGAGGUGCAGGAGGCAAUGUUCAAGCAACAAAUCCCGUACCAGAAAGUGCUGGACGUGUACAAGGCGCUCGAGUCCUCGCUUUGA